AUGGAACCAAAAGAAAAGGAUAUCAAUUACUCAAAGCUAUUAUGCAAUUUAGUCACUGAUGCAUAUUCUUUGAAUGAAGUGGUUGUAUCUUUCUUAUAUCAGUUAUUCCCACGCGAUCUCUUUGUUAGAGCUUUCUCCUUGCUUGAAUCAGGAAACAUGUUUAUAUAUAUCUGGAAUGACGAAAAAUAUACCCAAUUGAUCCAAGCCACUGAAGUUGCUGAGAAUGUUCAUGGAACGAAAGCAACUGAUGUUGGGAUCGGAGAUCCCAACAGGCAAUACAGAAGUUGUGGGAAUGCAGCUGACUAUCCAGAAGAAGAACCAGAGGGAUCGCACUCCGAGCAAUUAGGUCUACAAAUAGCUGCAUUUUACGAAAACCGCCAACAGCUACUCUACAGGUUGAUCAUAAAGGAGGAGCAUGAAGACGAUUCUCCAAUAUAUGUGGAUUUGGACCAUUGGUUCUGUUCCUGUGAUGAGUUUAAUGGACUCCUUCACGAUGCCGCUUCAUCCCCAACAUUCCAUUCUAAGGAGGAACUUACUAGUUCCUACACUGAGAAUACAGACAACCAAGAUUCAUUUGCAAGGUUAGGCACACUGGACUUAACAGGCAUAUUUAUAAAACACGAGAAAUUAAUGUGCUCUCAUCUCUUAGCAUUCGCAAUCCUCCUACAAACACAUGAAAAAAUAUUACGCUAUUUCAGUAAGGGCCCCUCGACUCAAAUAUUCAUGAUAAAUAUAUGCAGCACCGAUGAAUGGUUGAAGUUGCAUUUAAACAUUGUAUGA